CCUGCGCGCCCAGCCUGCGCCCGCGGCGGAAGUGGCGCGACGUCACGUCCGGCCCCGCCCCUGCCGGCCCGCCGACGGUGGCCGAUAGGCUGCGGCGCUGCCGGCGCGCAGGGCGAUGCAGCUGCCUCCCGCGGUGCACGCCCGCCUGGCCGGGGGUCCCGGUGCGGCGGAGCCGCUGCCCGUGGAGCGUAGCCCCAAGGCCGGCGCCGCGCCCUUCCGCUUCACGGCGCGCCAGGUGCGCUUCCCGCGGGAGCACGAGUUCUUCGAGGACGGGGACGUGCAGCGGCACCUGUACCUCCAGGAUGUGCUCACGCAGGUGGCCGGGGCGCCCGAGAGGCCCAGGGUGCCCGAGUUCACCUGUCAGGUGGCGGGCUGCUGCCAGGUGUUCGACGCCCUGGAGGACUAUGAGCAUCAUUACCACACUCUGCACAGAAAUGUCUGCUCCUUCUGCAAACGAGCCUUCCCCUCAGGACACCUGCUGGACAUCCACAUCCUGGAGUGGCACGACUCGUUGUUCCAGAUCCUGUCUGAGAGGCAGAACAUGUAUCAGUGCUUGGUGGAAGGGUGCACGGAGAAGUUCAAGACCAGCAAAGACAGGAAGGAUCACCUGGUGAGACGUCACCUCUACCCUGCGGACUUUCGGUUUGAUAAACCAAAGAAAAGCAUAAGCCCAGCCACGCCCAGGGCCACCAUGCAAGUGUCGGCAGAAGCCCUGGGGGCUGAAGGGGAGCAGGCGGAAGGGGACGCCAUGGAAGUCUGCUCUGAACCUGCGGGUGAGAGGCACAUGGCUGGCCGCAGAAUACCUCCUACCAUCUGUUUUGGUCAAGGGGCAUCACGAGGAUUUAAAAGCACCAAGAAAAGAAAUAAACACCAGUGACGACUGAGACGAAGAGAAAGAGCCACAGGCCUCUGAGCAGCCCCUGAGGCAGGAGACAGUUGCCUUUUGCAGGACGUGGUGUCAACGAUGGGCUUUUUCUCUGGCCUUCUGCUGUGGCCCCUAGGACCCAGGCCUCUGCUGCCCUCGAUGUCUGGGUUCCUUGGCAAAUGACUGAAUGACAUCAGUAGCCGUUAUCAGAAGGAGUGAGAGACCCACAGAUUCCAGAAAUGAUCCUGGCGGAUGCUCUGAUGACUUGGAGACGGGCCCACCUCCUUCUGCAGGGGCCAUCCCCAGAGUGUCCUUUUUAAGCACAAAAAGUAAAUGUUCUUCAUCAGUGGG